GAGGACGUGAAUGUUUCGCGCUCGUGGGCAGGGGGCGCUAGGGAGUCGACGCAUCAGCGCUCGCGCCUGUGACCUGUCCUCCGCUCCGCAGUCAGUGUAGUGUAGUGAGUGCAGGACGCUUUACUGUGACGGUCAGUGCCAGACCCUUAACAGACCUCAAUCAGAGUUCAUCGCGAUCACAACUUCAAACGAACCCUCUGAGUUGUAGGAGAGCGCAAUAAAUCGACAGAGCACACGGAAGUAAGAUUUGCUGAAGAAUCUUCUCGGGUUUUGUGGUACUAUGCCAAAAUCCAAAUGCCCUUUGGACAUUCAGCCACCUGGAUCCGAAUGACACCUGAAGCCAGCCUCCAUGCUUACCAAACUCUAUGCCAACAUGCUUCACAGAAAUGGAUCUUUCUGUACGUGCCGUGGACCCCGUGAGGAGGGAUCUCUGAGUGUCUAGUGCCAUCAUCAUCCCCCAGCUCUUCCUCUCAUUCUCUAUAUCUCUUCAGCCAUAGUCUCUUCAGCUCCACCUGUACUUUAUUGUUCACUGGGAUAUCAGGAGCAUAAACAGCCGUCAUCACUGAUCUCAUCCUCAGCCCAAAGGUUACGACGACGCUGUUUGACGAUGACACAGCUUUUGUAUGUCACUGUGUUUUUGGCCAAAGUCUGCCUGCUUCUGAGGCUCUGUGCUGGAGCGGGUCAGAAUCCUGACCAUGUGCUACAGGGCACUGGAGUGAAGCCUGGCUCAGACUCCAGAAGGCCCAGGGGUGACUCUACUGUGGCACCAGAGGAUGCUGCCCGCUUCCUCAGCUGCUACUGCUCAGGACACUGCCCUGAUGAUGCCAAGAACAACACCUGCGAGACAAAUGGGCAGUGCUUCGCCAUCAUUGAGGAAGAUGAAAAUGGAGAUGUGAUCUUAAGCUCAGGCUGUAUGAAAUAUGAGGGCUCUCACUUUCAGUGCAAGGAUUCACAGUUUGCACAGACACGUCGAACCAUCGAAUGCUGCCAGUUUGACUUUUGUAAUCGAGACCUAAAGCCAGAGUUACCACCUCGAGACACUGAACCACCAGACCCUCACUGGCUGGCCUUCUUUAUUUCAGUGACUGUGUGCUUCUGCACCCUCAUCUGUGUCACUGUCAUCUGUUAUUACAGGUAUAAGUGGCAGACAGAGAGGCAACGCUACCACAGAGACCUAGAGCAGGACGAGGCCUUUAUCCCAACAGGAGAAUCUCUGAAAGAUCUCAUCAACCAGUCUCAAACCUCAGGCAGUGGCUCCGGGCUCCCCCUGCUGGUGCAGCGCACCAUUGCGAAGCAGAUCCAGACAGUGCGUCUCAUUGGAAAAGGCAGAUAUGGAGAGGUGUGGCUCGGCCGGUGGAGGGGGGAGAAGGUAGCAGUGAAAGUGUUCUUCACUCGAGAGGAGGCCAGCUGGUUCAGGGAGACAGAGAUCUACCAAACCGUACUCAUGAGACACGAGAACAUACUAGGCUUCAUUGCUGCUGACAUUAAUGGCACUGGAGCAUCUACGCAGCUGUACCUGAUCACAGACUACCAUGAGAACGGCUCUCUGUAUGACUAUUUGAAGUUCACCACCCUGGACACGCAGGCCCUGCUUAAACUGGCCUACUCUGCAGCCUGUGGCUUGUGCCACCUGCACACGGAGAUCUACGGCACGCAGGGAAAACCAGCCAUCGCUCACAGAGACCUGAAGAGCAAGAACAUCCUCAUAAAGAAAAACGGCACCUGUUGCAUCGCUGACCUCGGGCUUGCUGUCAAAUUUAACAGUGACACAAAUGAAGUGGACAUCCCACUGAGCACACGUAUGGGGACCCGACGCUAUAUGGCUCCAGAGGUCCUGGAUGAGACUCUAAAUAAGAACCACUUCCAGGCCUACAUCAUGGCGGACAUCUACAGUUAUGGGCUGGUUAUAUGGGAAAUGGCCAGACGCUGUGUCACUGGAGGUAUCGUUGAGGACUAUCAGCUGCCAUAUUAUGAGAUGGUGCCAUCAGAUCCGUCUUAUGCGGAUAUGCUUGAGGUUGUGUGCGUCAAAGGACUGCGGCCCACUGUGUCCAACAGAUGGAACAGUGAUGAGUGUUUGAGGGCCAUGUUAAAGCUGAUGUCAGAAUGCUGGGCCCACAAUCCCGCAUCGCGCCUGACCAUCCUUCGAGUCAAGAAGACUUUAGCAAAAAUGGUGGAAUCUCAAGACAUUAAAAUCUGAGUGGUUUUUGUUUAGUCUUUGACAUCAUUGUCCCCUUCACAGAGGAGGAGGGUCGGUGAUGGUGACCUCUAACACAUCUAACUAUGAAAUAUAGCGAGCUCUCUUUCUCUCCUGGAUCAGACAAUGGUGCGUUUGCUGCUUUCUGUGAAAGCUGUAUCAUUGCAAACUUGGAUCAGAGGAUUACUGCAACAGACUGAAACAGUAGAGUGGGAAAGAUUGACAUAAACCCCACUGCCUUAAAAUACACUCAAGUUAUUCUGCAUAGAUUUCUUUAGAUUUCCUGCCAUAUGGAUGAAAUGCUGUUGACUUCUCAUGGGAUCUGUGUAAAGCAUACUGUGAUUUAAUGUAUGAUGUGUAAUAUAUUAUAGUAAUAGGUGAACUGACAACAGAGCAAAACAAUAUGCUAUCAAUAUAAUCUCGUCCAGUUAAGAGCUGUUGUAGACUAUCUGAUGUGUGGCAUUUAAAAAUCAUAAUUUAACUAUUUCCCCCACAGAAGAUUAAAGGUAAAGAGACGCAUGCUGCGUUUUCAGUAGAUGCAGUUUAAUUUGUCAAAUUGGUUGUUGCUUAAACCAUAUGUCCUUUGAGUUUUUAAAGCAUGCUAUUUUUAACAUUCCCAGUGUGCAAGCCUUUGACCAUUUAGUUUCAUAAAGUAAACCAGCUGCCGAUACAUCUCAUUUUAAGACUGACAGGUCGGGUGGAUCAGCGAUUUCUUACUUCAAAGUUGACAAACUCAGUGUAGUGUUUGUUGGGGAUACUGUAGGUUGAUACAUUCCUGAGUUCACUUUAUUUAGAGAUGCUGGGUGCAGGUUUUUUGGUACGGAUUACUAUGAAUGUGACUUUCAAGGAUUUGGUGAUAUUCUGACCAUAUAUCCUUGCCAAUAUUAUGAAUCUUGUGUUUGAACUGUGUUUAUGUUUAUGAGGAGGCUGAAGGUGAAGGGUACGACUGUAACAUCUGUUAGCCAUCAGUGCUUUAUAUUUCAGUAAGGGCUGCCAAAAUACGCUCUUGGUAACUGGUACGAUCCAAAACACACAUUGUUGCAUAACAUGUUUACAGAACUCCCAUGCAUUUUUUUAUUCUUUAGAAAAUGCAGUGUUGUGUUCUAGAAUAAUUUUUUCUUUAUUAUUAUUAUUAUUAUUAUUAUUCUCAGUGCCAUUGAAAAGACCACUGUGAUUUUUAAUAGUAACAGAACAAUUCACAAUAGUUCUUUCCGCCACUAUCUGGACCCUUAAAGACAGGAUGUGUGAAUAUACUAUGUGCCAGACUAAGGUGCUUUGUCACAAUACUUUCAGAACAGUAUGCCAGGAAAUGCCAAAAGGGCAUCUUGAUUGAAACAAUAUGUCAAGGUUACUGACAUGCUUACAAAAGGAUUUAAAAUAUUCAGAAAAUAAAUAAUAGAUAAGGAAACAUUAUCUCACUUCAGACUGGAUAACUUCAGCAUAGAGUACAGUACGCAAGCGAAACACUAGAUUUGGUGAAUAUGAAAAUACAUUUGCAUACAUUGGUUACUCUUACUGUACAAGAAAUAUUAAAACUGAAUCUGUGAAAUUGAUCAUUUAUAUCAAAUGCUUUUCUGUGGCUAAAAGAGAUUUUAAAACAUUAAGUUAGCUUCUGAUUGCAUUAAAGAACGAUGAAUCAUUGCUAUUCCAGAAGCAUCUCAUCUUUUUCGUUUCAGUAAUUUUGUCUGCAAUUUCCCAAAUGCUUAAUUUUGCAUCCAUCCCCUAAAACUUCAUCCUAAAACUGAGAAUGUACCUCCUCACUGUAAUCUGAGUUAUGAAGCAUGUUGAAAGGAUGUGUUUUUCCCUUACUGUAUAGAUUUCAGUGUGCUUUACCAUAGUAUCACCCAGCCCAUCGCUAUGUAAUAUAUUAAACAACCUGUCUAAUUUGAAAGCAUGUUUUUUGUUUUAUUCAGCCCCAUGUUGAAAGGGUGCCUUAAGAUUAGGCCUCAAACUCUGUAUAAUAUUUGUCAAUGUAAUCUUUUAAAAAUAUAAUUUUAGUACACAU